UGGAGCAGAGUGUAAGGAACAUGGUAUUUAACAUUGAGGACAAAGAGAAGGAGGCACAGUAAAAAUGGCUCUUUACCAGUUUCUGUGUGGUCUUACUGUGAUGAUCAUUCUCUCAUCCAAAGGAUGUCAAUCACAGCAUGGGCCAGUUUGUGGCCGAGCUGUAAGAAACUCCAGAAUUGUGGGAGGUGAAAAUGCAUCUCCGGGAAGCUGGCCCUGGCAAGUCAGUUUAAUCUCGAAAGGCACUAACUACUGUUCAGGGUCCCUGAUUAACAACCAGUGGGUGUUGACGGCUGCUCACUGCUUGACAGUACAUGACCUUCCAACGACAGAAGUGUUCCUGGGCCGCCACAGCCAGUCAGGUCCAAACUUGAAUGAAGUGUCACGGCGACUUGACAGGAUCCAGUGCCAUCCAUCAUACAGAUUUCUGACCCAUGACAACGACAUAUGUCUUCUGAGGCUGUCGGCGCCAGUGAAUUUUACGGACUACAUACAACCGGUCUGCUUGGCCUCCGCAGAGAGCACUUUCCACACCGGGGUUAGCAGCUGGGUCACUGGUUUUGGUUCUACUCAGGCUAAUUCAUUUACCCAAGCUGACAUCCUACAGGAGGUGAAUUUACCAGUGGUGGGAAACAAUGAGUGCCAAUGCACCCAUCGCCACCUCACAGACAACAUGAUCUGUGCUGGGUUCACAACUGGAGGGAGGGAUGCAUGUCAGGGAGACUCAGGGGGGCCACUGGUGACCAAAAACGAUUCAGUGUGGAUCCAGUUUGGAGUUGUGAGUUUUGGUGAGGGCUGCGGCGAGGCUAUGACUCCUGGAGUUUACACACGUGUGUCCCGGUACCAGGACUGGAUCACCAACAUCACUGGCGGCAGCGAACUUGGCUUUGUUACCUACAUCUCCUCAGGAGUGGACAGUGACUUAAACUUUAACUGUCCUACAUCACCAUCAGGCAUUGGGACAACCGCAUUCCCGUUUCACACAUUCAACUUCACCACCACUUGCGAGGGCUGUGAUAAGGGUGGUGGCAGCGUAUUUGACAGUGGUGAAAAUGUGAUCCAUUUCUCCCACCUCACUCACUUCACCUCACUCUGUCUUCUGGUUAUUUCACUCUAUGUGCUGGUUGGUGACGUGUAACAUAAGAAUGUGAAACUACAAACUAUUUACAGUUUGAGGUUUCUGUGCCCAACAGUCUCAGUCACUGUGUUUGAUAUGAAGCUUCUUCUUUCGAUGUGGAGAAUAUGAAAGGAAAAAUGCAAUACUGACAUGCUGUUACUGUAAACAAAAGAAAAUCCUUCUUAAAUGAAUAUAUAUCGAUUGAACGAUUGUACGUUAUUAUGAUUUGAUGAUAAUCACAAAUGGGAUUGUUGGAGAAUAACUUAACACUAUGCUGAAACGCGGUGUCUCACUGCCCUCUGCCAUGUAAAGUUUGAAGCCUUUUUCACCUGAGUGUGUUAGAAAUGUGUCCUGUUGUACCUGUAACCACACCCAUUGUGAUGUCACAAUUUUCUGGGGUACAUCACUGCAAGUCAGCAAAAAAAAAGAUUUUCGAGAUUUCAAGUUGCAUUAUCAGAGAUUAAUAUCUUUAUGCCAUUAAAAGUAAAGACAUUUUUAUAAACUUGCAGAUUGUGGGACUGAUGUAAAGUACGGAAAAAGUAGUUUGUAAAAUUUUGCACUGUCUUUUAAAGAAAUUAUUUUAGACAUGUUUUGUAAGAAAACAGAAAAUACACUUUUUUGUUUCUGUAAAAAAAUAAAAAAUAAAAAAUGACCUCCUGGGUGCAGAACCCAAGGAAGAAAUAAUUUCCUAUUUACACAUUUAGCAGAGAUUGAGACACAUUAGCAUUCAUUCAACUGUUCCUGGACACCUGAUGAAUGCAAGUAGUCCAAUGUUCACUUUCCUUUUAGCUCUGUUUUGGUUGACCAACUCUCGAGGGAAACAUUUGGCUCUUAAUUUGGUAAAUGUUCACAGGAGAUUCAAAAAAAGCUGAUGAUGAUGAUACAUGAAACAGAGGUACUACGAAGCAGGACGCAAGUCCACAAAGCUGCUGGCCUAUAGAUUAAAAAAGCAAACGGCAAUUAAUAAGACGCCUGAGAGAUCGUCUAGCUGAGCAUAAAUAUGCCAUUAGAAUUAAAAAUCAUGACUACCCCAUGGCUAGGCAUUUUAGUGAAUAUCACAAUGCAAAUGACUCCUUACUGCGCAUUGAGGGCAUUGAGCACAUUAAACCUAUGGUUAGGGACGGUGACAGAAUACAGAGACUUAACCAAAGGGAAGCUUUUUGGAUUCAUCAAUUGGAUGCAUUAAAAUAUCCUGGUCUUAAUGAAGAUAUAGACUUUACAAGUUUCCUUUAAUGUUUCUGUUAUGUUUAAUAUCUUCAUUCAUCAUAUCUUGAACAUAUGUUUAAUACUGGUUCAUGGGUAUUUUAUUAAGUCUGAUUGAUGUUUGGUUUGGUUAUGUUUUGUGUGUUGUUCUUGUUUUCUCAUUCUCUGUGAUUUAUUAUCGUGGUUCAUUGGCUUCACCUGUCAUGUCAUUAACUGUGUCAUGUGAUAGUUUCUUAUUGGCUGCUGCUGCUAUAUAGAUGAAACCACACCUUGGUGCAUCUGUUUCUCCAGUCCUGAUGAAGACCAACAGUGGUCGAAACAUGUUGGCUUUUUAAUGAGUUGGCCAUUAUAAUAAAGGCUUUUUAAUCUAA